AAAUAUCCGAAAAAAUAAGCACUAGAGGGCAGUCUAACUUUACCCGAGAAAAGCGAUUGGCCCCACGAGUUUCGAGCCUCGGCGCUUGCCGUCGCCCAUCCUGCGGCGGAGCCGGCCGCGCCUGCGCGUUGACUGCUGGAAGGUGGCCCUUCAGGCUGUGGGACAGCGCGGCAGUUGCUCUUCAAAGCGGAGCUGGGACUUUUCGCCACCGUUGCCGCCAACAUGAGUCGCAGCUAUAAUGAUGAGCUGCAGUUCUUGGAUAAGAUCAAUAAAAACUGCUGGAGAAUCAAGAAGGGCUUCGUGCCCAACAUGCAGGUUGAAGGAGUUUUCUAUGUGAAUGAUGCUCUGGAAAAAUUAAUGUUUGAGGAAUUAAGAAAUGCCUGUCGAGGUGGUGGUGUUGGUGGCUUCCUGCCAGCCAUGAAACAAAUUGGCAACGUGGCAGCCCUGCCUGGGAUUGUUCAUCGAUCUAUUGGUCUUCCUGAUGUCCAUUCAGGUUAUGGGUUUGCUAUUGGGAAUAUGGCAGCCUUUGAUAUGAAUGACCCCGAAGCAGUGGUAUCCCCAGGUGGUGUCGGAUUUGACAUCAACUGCGGAGUCCGCUUGCUCAGAACCAAUUUAGAUGAAAGCGAUGUCCAGCCAGUGAAGGAGCAGCUCGCCCAGGCUAUGUUUGACCACAUUCCUGUUGGGGUGGGAUCAAAAGGUGUCAUCCCCAUGAAUGCCAAAGACUUGGAGGAGGCCUUGGAGAUGGGUGUGGACUGGUCCCUAAGGGAAGGCUAUGCCUGGGCUGAAGACAAGGAGCACUGUGAGGAGUACGGAAGGAUGUUGCAGGCCGAUCCCAACAAGGUCUCCGCAAGGGCUAAGAAAAGAGGCCUUCCUCAGUUGGGGACCCUGGGAGCAGGCAACCACUAUGCAGAAAUCCAGGUUGUGGAUGAGAUUUUCAAUGAGUACGCUGCUAAGAAAAUGGGCAUUGACCAUAAGGGACAGGUGUGUGUGAUGAUCCACAGCGGGAGCAGAGGCUUGGGCCACCAAGUAGCCACAGAUGCACUGGUUGCUAUGGAAAAAGCCAUGAAGAGAGACAAGAUCAUAGUCAAUGACCGGCAGUUGGCUUGUGCUCGGAUCGCUUCCCCAGAGGGUCAGGACUACCUGAAGGGAAUGGCAGCUGCUGGGAACUAUGCCUGGGUCAACCGCUCUUCCAUGACCUUCUUAACUCGUCAGGCUUUUGCCAAGGUCUUCAACACAACUCCUGAUGACUUGGACCUGCACGUGAUCUAUGAUGUUUCUCAUAAUAUUGCCAAAGUCGAACAGCAUGUGGUGGAUGGAAAGGAACGGACGCUGUUGGUGCACAGGAAAGGAUCCACCCGAGCUUUUCCUCCUCACCAUCCCCUCAUUGCUGUUGAUUAUCAACUCACUGGACAACCAGUGCUCAUUGGUGGCACCAUGGGCACCUGUAGUUACGUUCUUACUGGCACUGAACAGGGCAUGACUGAGACCUUCGGAACAACUUGUCACGGAGCGGGCCGUGCACUGUCCCGAGCAAAAUCUCGACGUAAUUUAGAUUUCCAGGAUGUCUUGGACAAACUGGCAGAUAUGGGGAUCGCCAUCCGCGUUGCCUCACCCAAACUGGUUAUGGAGGAGGCUCCUGAGUCCUAUAAGAACGUGACCGACGUGGUGAACACCUGCCAUGACGCCGGCAUCAGCAAGAAGGCCAUUAAACUGAGACCGAUUGCCGUGAUCAAAGGCUAGAGCACCCACCACAGCCACCGAGCGCCACCGCCCCUCACAGCACGGAGGUGGACUGAAACGCUCCUCAGACACCAGACUUGAGACCUGACGGUUCCAAAUUGUGCAGCUAUGACUGCCUGUCGCAAAGCGGCUGGCAGGCGGCUGCUGCUUUCAGGAGCCAGUGUUGCAACGUUACGUUCCGGGAAGAGUCCUGCUGCCCUCUGUUGGCAAGGGUGGCUAUGCUUCCUCCCUGACUGCCCCACAGGUUUAGGAAAAUCUAUUAGAAGGGGGUGCACAUAGGCCAAGAUACUGCCUGACUCAGUCCUGUAAGUCUUUACUCAUCAGAAUGAACCUUUUAACACCGAGCUUUGUUUACAUUCUGAGGGGUGUCAUGAAGAACAUCCUAUUAACUAAGAAAGUUUUGAAACCUUUCCUUGCCCUCCUCUUGUCAGUUGGUCCAUUUAUCCACGCAUCUGCCUCCUUCCCUGAUCCUAAGCACCGCUCUCACUUUGGAAAGUACCCACAGAGUCCUAUCCGGAUAUUAGAUGAAUGGAUAAUGGGACAUACUGAGCAGGGAAUGAGUAUGUGGGUGUAGGAAUAGGAGCCCAAAAGAAAAUAGUUUUUUAUAGACUUGGUACUUUUCUCCUUCUAAAUAUGAGGCAGAGUUUUGGCUUACCUGCACAGUGGCACCAGCUGGUAUCUGCCAUUAAUUGGGCCUGGUCUGGUAGGCUGUUCGUGGGUGAUGCCUUGCACGGCAGCAGCAGUGAACUCUCACAUCAUACCAACUGUCUUAUGUUUGUGAUUGAGUUAAUACAAAUACAUCGAAUGGCCACAGCUGUGAUGUCAGCAGGUGCUCUGUUUGACAGCUUGACUGGUCUUGUGCCACCUAGUCAGAUUUGUGCUUUGUACUGUUGACACCUGAGGUGUUAAAGUUACAGGUUACUAAGGCCUUUGAGUCCAAACAGCCAGUAAAAUAGAAAAAUCUAAUAAAGUUACAAUAUGUUGUUUAUA